AUGAUCGUGUCCCUCGUCUCCACUGGCGUAUACUCGACCAAGCACGGACCACCGCAGCGGCCAAAAUUUGUUCGGUUACUUCGACUCGCCUUCAAUUCAGUAUUCGGGAUUUUCGACGGGAACAUGGAUGAUAUCGAGGACCGACUGCGCAGCCAUGCGCAGGCAUUCGACGGUUUACUGUCUUUGAUCCCCGCCAAAUAUUACUACGGCGACGACAAUACCAGUCAGACGAAAGAACAAGCCCGUGAGGCUAAGCGUGCAAAGUUGGAUCCGGAAGCCACCAAGACCGCCAAAGACGUAAUGGAUGAAAAUGCUCGCAAGCGCAAGCGUGAGGAUGGAUCUCUCGAAAGCGACUCAUCGGAUGGUGAAGAACUCGGCUCCGAACUGCCUGGGGAAGGUCUCAACCGGGGCGAAAAGGCCAAGAAGCAAAAGCAGACUGAGAAAUCCGAUGCCGCUUCGAAGGCAAAGUCAGAGGAGGCUGAGGCUCGCAAGAAGCUGAAGGAAGAGAAGAAGGCCCAGAAAAAGGCUGCGCAAAAGGAGAAGAAGAAGGCCAAGGACAGUACCAAGAAGGAAAAGCUGCAACAAACCGAGAAGCCAUCCACAAAGACUGCAGAGAAGCCGACAGCAAAGACAGAGAGUGCUGCUGAAGAGCCUGCGGUCUCCGACAACGAGGAUGGUGACGAUCUCGAGGAGGGAGUCGCCGAGGAAGGAUUCUCACUCGAAUUCCAUGAAGAGCCCGAGGGCCCCUCUUCCGCCUCAUCCACCCGCAACUCCCCCGAUGCCUCCAAUCCUCAAUCAGGCAGCUCCUCUAUAUCCUCCAUUGCCUUGAAGGCCACGCCAGAAGAGCUGAAGCAGCGCUUGCAAAAGCGUCUCGAUGAGCUUCGCGCAAAGAGACAGGCCGAUGGCUUCAACGGCAAGCCUGCACGCAACCGUCAAGAGCUCAUUGACUCCCGGAGGCAAAAGGCUGAACAGCGCAAGGCACACAAGAAGGAAUUGCGUCAAAAGGCCAAGGAUGAAGAGCAACGCCAAAAGGAUGAGGCUAUGGCUCGUCGGUUUUCCCCAGGCGGUUCUGGAUCCUUGCUCGCAUCUCCUCGCUCCCCCGCCGAGUCCGUCGGCUCCCCCAGCAACAACUUCUCCUUUGGUCACGUCAUGUUCGCCGAUGGUCAAGUCGCCGAUGCCUCUCUGUCCGGCAUCCGUGACCAUUCCAAGACUCGCGGUCCCAAGGACAAGGAUGCCGCUGCCCAGCUCAAGCUCGCCGAGGCCAAGAAGGCCCGUCUCGCUGAAAUGGACCCGGAAAAGCGCGCCGAGCUCGAGGAGAAGGAUGCCUGGUUGAACGCCAAGAAGCGCGCUCACGGUGAACGAGUUCGCGAUGACACCUCUCUAUUGAAGAAGGCUCUCAAGCGCAAGGAGACCGCGAAGAAGAAGUCCGAGCGGGAGUGGAAGGACCGUAUCGACACCGUCUCUCGCAUGAAGGAGCAGCGUCAAACCAAGCGUGAAGAGAACUUGCGCAAGCGUCGUGACGAGAAGGGCACCAAGGGCAAGGGCAAGAAGCCCGCUGGCGGUGGCAAGAAGAAGGCCCGCCCCGGUUUCGAGGGUAGCUUCAAGGCCAAGGUCGGCGGCAAGAAGAAGUGA